UUGGCUGGCAAUUGAAUGUUUGUGCUUGAAACGCAGUUGGACGAAACGAGUUUAGUUGAGCGAAAAAUUCCAAACGCAAUGGAUGUACAUCGUUUAAUUGCUGAAGUAUAUAAGAGGCCCGCUCUGUGGAAUGUGCUUCAUGGGGACCAUAAGGGCCGUCACUGUAUACCCAAACUGUGGCAAGAGGUUGCACAAAAUGUGGGGAUUGAUGUUGAUCAAUGCAAACGCAAGUGGAAAAAUUUACGCGAUGCUUAUCGUGCCGAAGUCAGACGCUCAGAACGUCGCAUUGAGCGAGAUAAAUUAAUUGGUGAAUACGAUCCCAAUACCAACUACAACAGCAAGUGGGUCUAUUUUGCCAGCAUGAGUUUCAUUGGUGACAACAGACAAUGCGCCUCUUAUAAUGUGGAGCAUGAAAAUACCAACUCGAAUUCAAAUGAUAACAAUCAUGAUAAUGAGCAUUUUAAUGACAGCAUAUACAAUGAUGACAAUUACCAUAGUGUGUAUGAUAUUAAGCUAGAACCCAGUCACGAUAAUAUGGAGCAAGAAUUAAAUCAUUUAGCUGAUGGUCGGACAGCGGAUGAGGAAGAUGAUACUGCCAAUGAUAUGCUCUUUGAAGAAUUUCAAAAUAUAGCCACACCGCAAGCGGCCAGACGUUUAUCGGCCACGCUUUCAAUGAACAAUCCCCUGGAGCGUAACUCUCCACCACAACAAGUGCAUCAAACGGCACCUACUGCAAAAUCUCCCAACUGUAAAUGUUCGAAACGCAGCGAUGAUCAAGUACAUUUCUUGCAAGAUCUGGGCCGAGAGGAACAAAAGCUAAUGAAAUCCACCCGACAAGAUAUAACACGUUCCAGUAAACUAGAUCAUGUUGGUGACUCUGACUAUAAUUUCUUGGUUAGUUUUCUGCCACAAAUGAAGAAAAUGUCCGAAUUGCAAAAUCUUCAGUUUCGUGCUAGAAUGUGUGACAUGGUGUUGAAUAUUUUGGCACCCUCGGUUGCUGCACUGGACAUUCGAAACACUAGUGCGAUCGAGCCGUUAACGGAUAAUUCUGCUCAGCUAACAUCCAGCGUGAAUACGAUUAAUUCUACAAGUUGUAAUAAUUUAAAUUGACAAUUUCUUAUUUACAUAUAUGGAAAUAUAUAUGAUAUUUUUAAAUUAUUUUUAUGGUGGUUUGUUUUUAAGUAUUUUUUUGUAUUUAAUUUAGUUAAAUGUAAAUAAAUUAUAACAAAAUGAUUUUUUAGAUGUAAAGAAAA